AUGGACACGCCUUUCAACCUCGGGACGCCGCGGAUGCACCCGAACCCGAUCGCCGCUGCGGGCCCUAACCCGAAGCGGAUGUACCGCUUGCGGCUCAAAACCAAGCUCAAGUGCGCGAUGCUCGGCAAGGACGGUCUCGACGCGCCUGCAGACCUCAGCCGUGCGUGCGUCUACCCCGUCUUUACCGCCACCACAGCCGAUGACAGCGCGCUGAAUACCUCGGUGUCCAACCACGGCUUGUAG